GGUCUAUCCAUCCUUGCGCGUGGAAGACUGUGGUGAGGAGUCAUGGAAUACACACGGCGUCCUUACUUUGCUUGCUUACCUGUUGCCUCUCCUCGAACCUGGGAUACAAGUGGAAGAAGAUCAAGAUGAUGACCACGAGGCAGAGAAAAUUGACGAUCGAAGGAGCAGAGGAGCAGCUCUAUCAUCAUCAA